AUUUUCGGAGGACUCUGUUCUCCUUGGCUUUCUCUCUACCAAACACUCCUAGAAUUUAAGGCAUAAAUGUCAUAAUCUACGCAGCUCUGUCCAAAAAUCUCCGCCUAAAACCCGCGUUUCUCUCUGUAGAUUUUUAUCGUAGUCAAAUCCCACAAUCCAUCCUGCUGUCACUCCCUUUAUCUCUCCCAAAAAUCUCUCCUUUACAGGUUUUGGGGUUAAGAAGAUCAAACAGAUACCGUCUAAGUUUGCAGAAAUGAGUAGGGGCACAAUGUACCCUUCUGUCAGCUUGAUCUGCUGAUUCUUCGACUGGUUUUGGCAUUGAAGUUUUGGAAAUGUUAAAACCUGGACUACCAUGAGCCAGGCUGAAGUAUCAAAGAUGAAGCUGCCUCUUGUUCCACUGGGGACCUUGAUUGGUCGUGAGCUGAGGAAUGAGAAGGUUGAGAAACCUUUUGUCAAGUUUGGACAGGCUGAUCUGGCGAGAAAAGGAGAGGAUUACUUUCUGAUUAAACCUGAUUGUCAGAGGGUUCCUGGAAAUCCAGCAACAUCUUUUUCAGUGUUUGCGAUUUUUGAUGGGCAUAAUGGUAUAUCAGCUGCCAUUUUUGCCAAAGAGAACUUAUUGGAUAAUGUCUUGAGUGCAAUUCCUCAGGGCAUUAAUAGGGAAGAGUGGCUUCAAGCCCUUCCCCGGGCUCUAGUGGCAGGCUUUGUGAAAACUGACAUAGAGUUUCAGCAGAGAGGGGAAACUUCUGGAACAACUGUGACGUUUGUUGUUAUUGAUGGUUGGACUGUCACUGUUGCAUCAGUUGGUGAUUCUCGAUGCAUACUGGAUACCCAAGGGGGUGUAGUUUCUCUCCUGACUGUAGAUCACAGACUGGAAGAGAAUGUGGAAGAGAGGGAACGCGUGACUGCAAGUGGGGGUGAAGUAGGAAGACUCAAUGUUUUUGGGCGCAAUGAGGUUGGUCCCCUCCGUUGCUGGCCUGGUGGAUUAUGCCUAUCUAGGUCAAUUGGGGACACAGAUGUUGGGGAAUUUAUUGUGCCUAUACCGCAUGUCAAGCAAGUGAAGCUGUCAAAUGCUGGUGGAAGACUCAUUAUUGCUUCUGAUGGUAUCUGGGAUGCUCUGUCUUCAGACCUGGCAGCCAAGUCAUGUCGAGGUUUACCUGCAGAACUUGCAGCAAAGCUUGUUGUUAAGGACGCUUUGAGGUCAAGGGGCCUGAAGGAUGAUACAACCUGCUUGGUUGUUGAUAUAAUCCCAUCUGACCAACCUGUCCUACCACAAACACCAAGGAAAAAACAGAAUGUGCUCAUUUCAUUUCUCUUUGGGAAGCGAUCUCAAAAUGCUACAAACAAGGCAAAAAAUAAACUUUCUGCAGUUGGAGUUGUAGAGGAGUUGUUUGAGGAGGGUUCUGCCAUGCUUGCUGAAAGGUUAGGCAAGGAUUUUCCAAUGGAUGCAAACUCUGGGCUCUUCAAAUGUGCAGUCUGCCAAGUGGAUCAGCCUCCAGCAGAAGGUUUAUCAGUAAACUCUGGGCCUUUUUUCUCACCUGCAUCAAAGCCCUGGGAGGGACCCUUUCUUUGUGCUAACUGCCGGAAAAAGAAAGAUGCCAUGGAAGGAAAAAGGCCAACUAGACCUACAGUGACCGCAUAACAACUUACCUGGUAAAAUAGUAUAUAGAUGGGCUUUUUUUUUUUUUUUUGGUCUGGCUGUAUGAACAUGCUUGGUUUUUCGUUUUCCCUUUCAUGAUUUGCAAUGGUUGCUUGUAAGAAAGAAAUGAGGUAGAGGUAGGUUAGGUGUGUUGCCAUGAUUUGUUUGUGAGAUUCUGGUUUGAUCAGUUGUUCUAUAACUGACCGCAGACAAAGAUUGCUCUCUGAUCGAUAUUUGUGAUAGUUUGAUUGCUAACAGCUUGAAUUUGUAAGUAGAAGUGAAGAUUGCAUAAUGAUAUAUGUAUUUCAGUUCCCUGUUCUUUGUUCU